AUGGCCGCCGACAGAACCAACGUCUCCAGCGAUCUCGUCUGGCAGAUCACCCGCAACCAGAAUGCUUUCCUGGUGAAGCGUAACAGCGGUGGUGGUUCUCAGUUCUCUCGUGACCCUUUGAACGUGCAGAACAAGCACUCUUUCAAGUACGCCGGCUAUGCCAACAACAAGGCCAUUGGUGUUCAGGCUACCGAGAAUGGCGGUGUUGUCGUCCUCACCAAGAAGUCCAACUCCCAACAGCCCGCGAAGAACAUCGUCACCGUGAGCUACGGCCCCAGCGCCUCCACCCGCAAGAUCUUCAAGGGUGUUGCCGACAAGACCGCUAAGAAGGGCUACCGUGCCGAUCUCCGUGAGGCUGCUGUCGCCCGUGUGAGUGCCAUCCGCCGCUCCCAGAAGCCCAAGAAGGAGUCUCCUCCCCAGAAGCUUCGUGGCGCCCAGGCCAAGAAGGUUGCAGAGAAGGACCAGGAGUAA